AUGAACCAGACCGAGGCACCCCGGCCGCUCAACUGGACCAUCCGGAAGCUGUGCCAUGCCGCCUUCCUCCCCUCUGUCAGACUCCUUAAGGCACAGAAAUCAUGGAUAGAAAGAGCAUUUUACAAGAGAGAAUGUGUCCAUAUCAUACCCAGCACCAAAGACCCCCAUAGGUGUUGCUGUGGGCGUCUAACAGGCCAGCACAUUGGACAGCCUCCAAGCACCUCCGUUACUCAGAAUGAGAAGAGUGAGACCAGGCUCGCUCGCAAUGACAUCCAGUCGGAGAAGUGGUCCAUCAGCAAGCACACGCAGCUCAGCCCGACGGACGCCUUUGGAACCAUUGAGUUCCAAGGAGGAGGCCACUCCAAUAAAGCCAUGUAUGUACGUGUGUCUUUUGACACAAAGCCUGACCUUCUUCUGCAUCUGAUGACCAAAGAGUGGCAACUCGAGCUCCCCAAACUUCUCAUCUCUGUGCACGGGGGCCUUCAGAAUUUUGAACUUCAGCCAAAACUCAAGCAAGUCUUUGGAAAAGGACUUAUCAAGGCUGCAAUGACAACUGGAGCAUGGAUAUUCACUGGAGGAGUAAACACAGGGGUCAUUCGGCAUGUUGGAGAUGCCCUGAAAGAUCAUGCCUCAAAAUCUCGAGGGAAGAUCUGCACCAUCGGUAUAGCUCCCUGGGGGAUUGUGGAAAACCAAGAGGAUCUGAUUGGCAAAGAUGUGGUCCGACCAUACCAGACAAUGUCCAACCCCAUGAGCAAGCUGACAGUACUCAACAGCAUGCAUUCUCAUUUUAUUUUGGCUGACAAUGGUACUACUGGUAAAUAUGGAGCAGAGGUAAAGCUUCGUAGACACCUGGAAAAGCACAUUUCACUUCAGAAGAUAAAUACAAGAAUUGGCCAAGGGGUUCCAGUGGUGGCCCUUAUUGUGGAAGGAGGUCCCAAUGUCAUCUCCAUUGUCCUGGAGUACCUGCGAGACACUCCUCCUGUUCCCGUUGUGAUUUGUGAUGGCAGCGGCCGAGCAUCUGACAUCCUUGCCUUUGGCCACAAAUACUCUGAAGAAGGAGGACUUAUCAACGAGUCUUUGAGGGACCAGUUGCUAGUUACCAUCCAGAAGACUUUCACAUACACCCGAACCCAGGCACAGCACCUCUUCAUCAUCCUCAUGGAGUGCAUGAAGAAGAAGGAGCUGAUCACAGUUUUUCGAAUGGGAUCAGAAGGACACCAGGAUAUUGAUUUAGCUAUCCUGACAGCACUACUAAAAGGAGCUAACGCGUCUGCUCCCGACCAGCUGAGCCUAGCACUAGCCUGGAACAGAGUAGACAUCGCCCGCAGUCAGAUCUUUAUUUACGGGCAGCAGUGGCCGGUGGGCUCCCUUGAGCAAGCAAUGCUGGAUGCACUGGUGUUGGACAGAGUGGAUUUUGUGAAAUUACUCAUAGAAAAUGGAGUAAGCAUGCAUCGUUUUCUCACCAUCUCCCGGCUAGAGGAAUUGUACAAUACGAGACACGGACCAUCCAACACUCUGCAUCAUCUAGUCAGGGACGUGAAAAAGCGAGAAUAUCCAGGUUUCGGUUGGAUCUAUUUUAAGGGAAACUUACCUCCCGAUUAUCGGAUAAGCCUGAUUGAUAUUGGGUUGGUGAUAGAGUACCUGAUGGGAGGAGCGUAUCGCUGCAAUUACACCCGAAAGCGGUUCCGAACACUCUACCACAAUUUGUUCGGGCCCAAGAGGCCGAAAGCUCUGAAGCUGUUGGGAAUGGAGGAUGAUGUCCCUCUGCGUCGAGGGAGAAAACCAACAAAGAAAAAAGAAGAAGAAGUUGAUAUUGAUAUGGAUGACCCUGAGAUCAAUCACUUUCCCUUCCCAUUCCAUGAGCUGAUGGUGUGGGCUGUGCUGAUGAAACGUCAGAAGAUGGCCCUCUUCUUUUGGCAACAUGGGGAAGAGGCUAUGGCUAAAGCUCUGGUGGCCUGCAAACUCUGCAAAGCCAUGGCCCACGAAGCAUCAGAAAACGACAUGGUGGAUGACAUUUCCCAAGAGCUGAACCACAAUUCCAGGGACUUCGGCCAGCUGGCGGUCGAGCUGUUGGACCAGUCGUACAAGCAGGACGAGCAGCUGGCCAUGAAACUGCUGACCUACGAGCUGAAGAACUGGAGCAACGCCACGUGCCUGCAGCUUGCCGUGGCAGCCAAGCACAGGGACUUCAUCGCUCACACCUGCAGCCAGAUGCUGCUCACUGACAUGUGGAUGGGUCGCCUCCGUAUGCGAAAAAAUUCUGGCCUGAAGGUAAUUCUAGGAAUUCUACUUCCUCCUUCAAUCCUCAGCUUGGAGUUCAAGAACAAAGAUGAUAUGCCCUACAUGACCCAGGCCAACGAGAUCCAUCUUCAAGAAAAAGAUCCAGAGGAACCAGAGAAGCCAGUGAAAGAAAAAGAUGAGGAAGACAUGGAACUCACUGCAAUGCUCGGACGGAGCAAUGGAGAGUCCUCAAGAAAGAAGGAGGAUGAGGAAGUUCAGAGCAGACACAGAAUGAUCCCCAUUGGAAGAAAGAUUUAUGAGUUCUACAAUGCUCCCAUCGUGAAGUUUUGGUUUUACACCAUCCUCAUGUCAGAGCCUGGCAAACUGCUGCAAAAAGUCAAAGUUUGGCUCCAGGAGUACUGGAAUGUUACCGACCUCAUAGCUAUCCUCCUGUUCUCCGUGGGGAUGGUUCUCCGCCUGCAAGACCUUCCUCUCCGGAGCGACGGCCGCGUCAUCUACUGCGUCAACAUCAUCUACUGGUACAUCCGGCUGCUGGACAUCUUCGGCGUGAACAAGUACCUGGGGCCCUACGUCAUGAUGAUCGGGAAAAUGAUGAUAGACAUGAUGUACUUUGUCAUCAUCAUGUUGGUGGUUCUGAUGAGCUUUGGUGUGGCAAGACAGGCAAUUCUCUUCCCCAAUGAGGAGCCUUCAUGGAAGCUGGCGAAAAACAUUUUUUACAUGCCUUACUGGAUGAUCUAUGGGGAAGUGUUUGCAGACCAGAUAGACCCACCUUGCGGUCAAAACGAAACCAGAGAAGAUGGCAAAAUAAUCCAGCUACCUCCCUGCAAGACAGGAGCAUGGAUCGUUCCUGCCAUCAUGGCCUGCUACCUCUUGGUAGCAAACAUCCUUUUGGUGAAUCUCCUUAUUGCGGUUUUCAACAACACAUUUUUUGAAGUCAAAUCUAUAUCGAACCAAGUUUGGAAGUUUCAGAGGUACCAGCUCAUCAUGACAUUCCAUGAAAGACCUGUUCUCCCACCACCUCUGAUCAUUUUCAGCCACAUGACAAUGAUAUUUCAACACCUCUGCUGCAGAUGGAGGAAGCAUGAAAGCGACCCCGAUGAGAGAGACUAUGGACUGAAACUUUUCAUAACUGAGGAUGAAUUGAAAAAAGUCCAUGAUUUUGAAGAGCAGUGCAUAGAAGAGUAUUUCAGAGAAAAGGAUGACAGAUUCAAUUCCUCCAAUGAUGAAAGAAUCCGUGUCACUUCAGAAAGGGUGGAGAACAUGGCCAUGCGACUGGAAGAAGUAAAUGAGAGAGAGCACUGCAUGAAGGCCUCUCUGCAGACUGUUGACAUCAGGCUUGCUCAGCUGGAAGACAUGAUGGGACGAAUGGUGACUGCCUUGGAAAAGAUGGCUGGCAUUGAGAGAGGCGAGACAACCAAGAUCCGAUCCAGGACCUCAUCCGACUGCACUGAUGCAGCCUACAUUGUGAGGCAGAGUAGCUUCAACAGCCAGGAAGGAAAUGCCUACAAGCUUCAAGAGAGCAUUGAUCCCACAGGAGAGGAGUCCAUGUCCCCAACAUCACCUACGAUCACACCCCGCUUGCGAAGCCACUCCUUCUAUGCAACAAAUAUGAAGGACAAGUGUGGGUUGGAAAAGUUGGAAAGUAUUUUUAAGGAAAGAUCUCCAAGCCUGCAUCGGGCAAUCAGCUCCCACUCGAUAGCAAAAGAAGGAAAGGCUCCUCUUCUACCCCCUACCAGCACCUUGUCAAUCGCCCCAGACUCCAGAAGACCGUCGUCCUGUAUAGACAUCUAUGUUUCUGCCAUGGAUGAGAUGCAUUCUGACACAGAACCUCUCGAGAGCUCCAUAAAUAUUCUUGGUCCGGAAGAUGCAGCUCUGCCAGCCCACAUAGCCUCUUCCCUUUUAACCAAUAGUGCAUACAUCAGCAGUACAGCUGGUGAAAAGAUCUCUGGCAGGAGUCUUGAUUAUGAGGAAACUUCUGGAAUAGAAACAAGAGCAUUUUCUUCAGACUAUUCACAAAUCACAGACUGCCAAAUCCCGUGGGAUUCAGACCCUCCCUUGUACCAUACUUUAGAGCGAUCGAAGAGCAGUCGUUACCUGGCUACUACUCCGUUUAUUCUGGAGGAAACACCAAUUGUGAAAUCUCACAGCUUCAUGUUCUCUCCUUCUCGAAGCUACUUCAGCAGCCUUGGCGUCCCAGUCAAAACAGCAGAGUACACAAGUAUUACAGAUUGCAUAGACACGAGGUGUGUGAGCGCUCCCCAGGCCAUUGCAGAGAGAGCCAGCUUCCCUGGAAGUCUCAGGGGCAAAGUGGAAGACUUGGGAUGCUGCCACCCAGAGAGAGAAGCUGAACUAACCCACCCAAGCUCUGAUCAUGAGGAUAUUGAGGUCAAAGACAAGAAGGGAAUCCCCUUAUCUCCUCAAGACAGCAGUGCUUCAACAACUCUGCCCAACAGCAUCCCACUCCCAAAAAUAGAGCGAGCCAACAGCUACUCUGCAGAGGAGUCCAACGUGUUGUACGCACAGCACACACGAAAGAGCUACUCCAUCAGUGACAAACUUGACAGGCAGCGAAACACGGCAGGUCUGCGGAACCCCCUGGAGAGGAGCAAGUCCUCGAGGCCAGAGGGCAGAGGGGACAAUCUGUCCAUGAGGAGACUGUCAAGAACUGGAGCCUUCUGCAGCUUUGAAAGCAAGCACAGCUAGGCUCAUACAAAGCUGACCAGCAGCCUAAGGGUCAUCUGCUUUUCAGCCUGUUUUUCUUAGCAGAAUUUUUGAAAAACCCUCACAUCACCCCAUGUUGAGUCCAACUGGCAUUAGCCGUGGGUCAAGGGAGCACAUUUUCAAUCUCAGCAUCACCACUGAAGUACUCCAUCUUGACCCAGUUGACAUUUGCACUUAAGAAAAAAGGGAGGGAUGAAAGCUUUACAAAACCUUCAGUAAACAAGAGGAAUAACAAGCCCCCUUAAUGAAGUCAGAAGACAUAGAUUAAUAGCUCCAGAUAUCUGCCUUUUAUUAGAGGGCAUCCUAAGAACUUUUACCAUUAUUCAAGUUUUUAAGAUGCAGGAAUUAACUGGCAAAAAAAGAGAUGUACAAAUUAGAUGUUCCAAACUUCAAUCACAACUUCUUUUUCAUCUGUGUCACCAUUGUGAUGACUGGUGAAAAUUCUGUAGGAACUGGCAGCAAAAAACCCUAAAGUCUCCCAAGUCCCUUGCUUCCCACACUUGUAGAAAUGAAGAAAGAUGAACGUAACAACAACUAUAAAUGUUCACUUGUCUACUUUUGUAUCAACUUCUAGUGCCACAGAAAGUUUAUAUUUUCAAGAGUGGAAAGGGAAAUGAAAUGCCUUUUUUACUGCAACUUAAAUGGAAGAAGAAUUUAUGUUAAAAUGUCAGGUGAUUUCCUGUGUAAAACAGGCAUUCUAGAUUCUAGCACAGGUGAGCAAGCUCAGGAUGAAUGUAAUUAGGUGGAAUAGUAUAUAUUUAUUUUUUUACCACAUUUGUCAUCAGUAUGUUGUCUCACUAAAUCAAAGGAUAUGAUGAAACAGCAAGAAUAAGAUGAGCAGAGCAUAGUACUAGUGUCCAGUUCUCACAGCUCUGUUUAAUUCCAUAUAUAAAUUGGGGAGAUUUAUCCACCAUGCUGCUACCAGGUUCUUCUUACUGUUUCAUUUGAGCUGCCGAUUCUUCACAUCAUUCCCCCACCUAUAAAAUAUACACCUUUUUUUCCAUUUUUUUCAUGUGAACAUAGUUGUAUUUGGACUUUUUAAAUUAUACAGGAUUUAUCAAGGAGUCUGAAUCCAGAUUCACGCAAUCAGACUGAAGCUGCUUAAAUGAAAGUAUUUUUGGCAGAGGACUGGAAAACACUAGAAUUUCUAUAUGCUUCUAAGGUAAGUAAAAGAACCAAAGUGAAACUGCAAGUGUCUGUAAACAGCACAAGCCAUCAGUUGUGAGUAGGCACCCACGGUUCAUCAGCAUUUCACACGGUGAGCGCUUUUAGCGGGGGAAAGCGCAUCUGAACGGCAGUGCAGUUACGGGUUUAGGUCAAAGACAAGCGUAACUCCACUGACUCCACCCAUGCUCCAAGGGCACACAUGGUCAGCAAGAGUUUCAGACUUCUCAUGAGACAGUGUCCGGUGGUCACAGGUGGAAGGGCACACAGAAGACUGGAGAAGACUGGAGAAGCAUAAGCUGCAACUGGAAAAACAAUUCACAUUCCUUUAUGACGGCACAACUUUUAAGCUUUUAAAAAGUUGACACUAGUGCUAUCAGAAGGUAAAAUAUCUCAACAGUUACCAAUAUCUGUGUAGAACCAGCUCCUUUUUGUUAUUAAAAAUGAACAUUUGUGAGUGGGGUACAUAUUUCACAUUAUUUAAAUUGAAUUAGGCAGCUUUGAGAACACAAGCUGAUAUUUUAUCACUGAGUCCUCACUCCGGGAGACUCUAAACACCAUCUGAGACUUAAGUCCAAAAGGCAACUAAUCCAGACAGAAAAAUAAUCAUCAGCCUCAAGAAAAGAGGCAAAGAAGGUGAGAACAUUUAGUUAACAAGUCACUGCGUUGGAAGUUCAGGAAACAAGGAAAUGCAGCAAGGGGAUGUUAAGAACAAUGUGUUUCACACUUCCUGCACCAACGUGUUCCUUGCUUUCUUCUGUUUGAUCAGGCUUUCAGUGAAAUAAA